ACAGAAGAUAAAGGCUCUGUGUAAACAAAAUAUAUGACGACUCUAUCCAUAGAAUGCUUCAAAUCCCAGUUAACUUGAACGUGUAACAGGUGGUAGAGAUUUACACAGCCAAUAUGAAUAGACCAAAUAGUGUAAAGGUAUUCAGCAAGAACAUACUAAUGGUGUGUAUACAGCUUAGUAUAUUUCAUGUUGAAUCUAUUUCUAAACGGUGGUUGAAGAAGUAUGCAAAUCACUAACUCAUAAGUGAAAGUAGCCAAACCACACAAUGUGUUCAUUGUUUACUUAGUAUCAUCAGCGUAAUGUGCCCAAAAUACAAAAAUAGUCUAUGUCAUAUAAAAAGCCUAUUGGGUUGCUGAUACUCAAUUAAUGUGGUGCAAUAUGCAUCUUUUGGGUAACUGUAUACUGCUACAGCAUUAUAUGUUAGGGGAAAAUAUUUAUAUAUAUAUUUGUACUUGUCUACAAUGAUUUGAUAGAUAUUAAAUAUGUUAUCAGACAAUAUGUUAUUAGUUAAAAAUGAUGUUUUGUUUGAAAUGAAAUGUACUACAUGUAAAUAUAACUGAAUACAUUAGGAAAUUAAUCAAUGAGUUGAUGGACAGGGAUAAAAAGUUAAGACUCCUAAAUUUACAUUUGCUUCUUUUCAUUUUAAAUGUUUUAAUUAUUUAAAUAGGUUUGUAAUCAUUUUGAGGCUUAGACUUAUAAUAAUAGGCAUUGAAAGGAUGCUAAUUGGGUUCCGCUCUUGUCAUUUUUUACCAACCUCGACGAAUGAAAGCAAGAAAUAAAAAUAUUGAUUAAAAAAUAAAUUAUAAUUAACUACAAUCCAUUAUAAAUAGUUACAAAAUACCACAGAAAUAAAAUGCUUGAGUAAUAAUAAUGUCCUAGUAUGAUACUUAGUAUGACGGUGCACAAACAACAUUUCCUUCCUGCUUUAUAGUCCCAUGUUUUUAAUAGUAUUUAAAUGACCCUCGUUAGAUUUAGAUACUUUUACUGAAUUAUCCUUUUUAAUGCAAGAUGUAACUUGUAACGGACACUUUUUACUGUCAAAAACUGUUCACAUAUGUCCAAUCUCAUUAGAGCAGUUACCAGUGAUGUUAAAUGCAAAAUAGGAUAAGAAACGGAAUGGAACUGAUAACACUGACUAGAAGUGUCUUAAAACUAAAAAAGAAUAGAGUGAUGAAUUCUUACGUCCUAGGCUUAAAUGUGUUGAGGGUCACCGAGACGUCACACACGCCACACCCCUGACCCUCCUCUCCUCUCCAUCAGUGCGCCACCCUUUAGAUGGAACUCCGCCCUCUAGUGGCCACGCAACGACACCGCGCUGCAGCGAAAAGCUGUUUUAUUCCCUUCCCUGACACGUUGUGCCAAAUGAGAAGAUUACAUGUCCUACCUAAUACAUCAGGACGUAUCACAUGAAGCAAGGGCAACACAGACAGAUGGGGGAAAAACAGCUGAAGCGUAAACCGGAUUAUGCAUACGGUUAAUCCAGGGGAUAUUUAUUCCACCACUUUUCUAUUAGACCAUCUUUUCUGCUCUUCCGUAGAGAGAUACGUAGCCUUUGUUGCUCCGCCCCCUAUAGCUGCAGUUUGCCUGAAACGUCACGGAGGACACCUCUGCACACUAUUAAAGAAACCUCUUUUUUCCCAUCGCGAACGCCGAGCUCGUUCCUGGAUUUUUGCAAGGUUUCCCACGAUAUUUUAUAUAUUAAUAUGAAAUAACAACCCGAUCCUGACUGCGGGGCGACUGCUGCUUACCUCUCAGCCCUAAAAUGAACCAGGCGCUACGGACCUUUUUACUAUCCAAUGCCCGGUGCUGGGACGCCGGGAGUGAGAGACCGUACCAGGACUUGUUUGAGAGGCUGGACACCAAUAAGGAUGGGAAGGUGGACGUCGCGGAGUUACGAGCGGGCCUCAAAGCGAUGGGCAUUUUGCGCCACGGUGCCGCACAGGAAAUCGUGUCCUCCGGUGACCAGAACAAAGAUGGGAGUCUCGACUUCACCGAGUUCAGCAAAUAUCUGAAGGAGCACGAGAAGAAGCUGCGGCUGACGUUCAAGAGCCUGGACAGAAACAACGAUGGGCGCAUUGAUGCCUCGGAGAUCCAGCAGUCCCUUGCAGAACUGGGCAUGGACAUCAGCACAGAGAAUGCCCUGAAAAUAUUACAGAGUAUGGACAUUGAUGGGACCAUGAUGGUGGACUGGAAUGAGUGGAGAGAACACUUCCUGUUUUGCCCUGCUCACAACCUGGAAGAGAUCAUACGCUACUGGAAACACUCCUCGGUGCUGGACAUAGGCGACAGUCUUGCCAUCCCAGAUGAAUUCACAGAGGAGGAGAAGAGCUCCGGUGUCUGGUGGAAGCAGCUUGCCGCGGGUGCAGCGGCGGGGGCCGUCUCUCGCACCGGUACCGCCCCUCUGGACCGAAUGAAAGUCUUCAUGCAGGUUCACUCAUCUAAGACCAACCCGAUAAGCCUGGUCGGGGGCUUCAGGCGGAUGAUCAAAGAAGGAGGUCUCUCUUCACUGUGGAGGGGAAAUGGGAUCAACGUUUUAAAGAUUGCACCUGAGACCGCAAUCAAAUUCAUGGCAUAUGAACAAUUCAAGAAGUUGUUGUCCUCCGAGGGCAAGAAGAUCGAGACGCACAAGAGGUUCAUGGCCGGCUCUAUGGCCGGGGCCACAGCGCAGACGGCCAUCUACCCGAUGGAGGUAUUAAAAACUAGACUGACCCUGAGGAAAACUGGCCAGUAUUCGGGAAUGUUCGAUUGUGCCAAGACAAUCCUGAGAAAGGAGGGUCUGAAGGCUUUCUACAAGGGCUACAUUCCAAACUUAGUGGGCAUCAUUCCCUACGCCGGGAUAGACCUCGCUGUUUAUGAGACUCUGAAGAACACGUGGCUGUCACGCUACGCCAAAGACUCGGCAAACCCUGGAGUUCUAGUGUUGGUGGGCUGCGGGACCAUCUCUAGUACCUGUGGCCAGCUAGCCAGCUAUCCACUCGCACUCGUGCGCACACGGAUGCAGGCACGAGCCUCUCUGGAUGCAUCGGACCAGCCCUCCAUGAGCAGUCUGAUGAAGAACAUUGUAGCCAAAGAUGGCUUUUUCGGACUCUACCGGGGCAUCCUGCCAAACUUCAUGAAAGUCAUUCCGGCUGUCAGCAUUAGCUAUGUGGUUUACGAAUACAUGAAGACUGGCUUAGGAAUUUCCAAGUGAUGCUGCAACUAAAUGGAACGCAACAAUUAAUUUGUCAGACUUGAAAAUGCUUGAAAUAACUCCCGAGAAAACCCGACAGACAAUCAAUCAUACAGAGCAUGACUUCCACCUCCUGGCAGAAGGAGUUCAGGGGACGGAAAGCUGUAUGAUUUUGCUGUAAGGGUCGUCUGUCAGCACCUAAAGAAUCUGUCGUUCCUACUGAGCAUGCUUUCAUUUCUAUUCUAUUGUUUCACAUACCCCCUUCCCCAAAAUAUGUACACUAUCCCAAACAAGACUAGACAUAAAGAUGUUUUAAAUAGAUACAUAAUGCAUGAUGGGUGGUGAAAUUUCUCCUACUGUUAUUCUGUUAAAAUAACCAAAGGUGUAGCUAAAUGGAUCACACUGGGGUUUUUUAUUUACAAAAGAAAUAUUUUGUCUGGUAAAAUUUUGAUUUAUUUCUCAUUGGAAAUAUUCUUAUUUUAAGGUAAAACCCGACUACAGCGGUUGGGGAAGUCAACACCAUUUAGAGUUCAUUUAACACUUUUCUAAGUUGUUAACACCAAGAGGGCUCCAGUCAGCAGCUGUUAACUAAAUGCUCUGAAAAUCAUUAAGUUGUUAUCACUGGAGUACUGUGAAGACAAAUGUGUCUUGUGCAAUUUCAAAAUUAAAAAUCUUGUGUUGUUUGAUAAUAAUUUAAAUGUGCCUUACAGCCACUUAAUGGGAAUUGUCUAACACCACAGAUGUGUUUUUUACUACAUAACUACUCUUGCACGCAUUUAUGUGUAUAUAAAUAUGUUUUUAUUCAUGAUCAUUUUCUGGUUUUGGUGAUGGCUACUGUUAUUCAUGGUAAACAAUGGCUGGUCAUUUGACUUGCAAGGGUGUUUUUGUCGGUCUUUUCUUCUAAUUUUAUUACAGCAUGAUUGUAACAACCUAAAACCCCCUUGGACUCCCACAAGCGGAUACUGUUCCCUCUAACGUUGUGUUUUUUCGACACAGCCUACUGUCUUUAUUAUGAUACUUUUAUCUGGAUUCUUUUUUUUUUUUUUUUUUUUUUACAAAAACUGGUCAUGAUUCAAAAGUUUCAAGCCUGAACAUGUUGAAACUUGACUUGGAAUCUUAACAUGGUCUUUCUUGGAAGGCUUACUUGUGAGCAAAUGGCUCAGUGGUGUAAAGUUCCCCUCUUCUGGGUGGGGAUCACUGUGCUGAGUUAACAGCUCUACCUGGUGGCUAAUAAAGACCAGACACUUGCA